AUGGCCGUGGCAGAGGACUAUGGUGUCUGGGAGAUGUCUUUCUCCGGAGGACACAGCGCUUCUCGGCACUUUGUGCCUUCUCCUUUGUGUCGCUAUGUGGAGUAUUCUCGCAUUUAUUCCCAUCUCCCAAUUUUUUCACGCCCAUUUCUCUUGUCCUUCCUUUGUCCCGUCUCACACACCGCUGCCGAUCUCAAUUUCAGACGACGUGGCACGUUCACAGGGCGAGCCCAUCGCUUCCACUGCAUCGAAACCACAGCUGUGCCACGACCACAUCGCAUCUGCAUUAAGAUAUUAGAGCAUUCCAACCACGUGAAGAUCUGGGCUCAGGCAGAUCUCCAGAGACACCCACCUCACCUCGGGAUAGCUCUGAAGAGGAAAGUAGGAUGCUGGGGUGCAGGGCUGCCCCUGAACGGCUCCCUGGCAUCUGCUGCAGGGGUUGGGUUGUGCUUUCCGCCUCCUGUACUCAGAAACUUUGUUUGCUUGAAGGAAAGCACCUGCUUUCUGCCAGCAGCACAACGGGACGAACGGAGAGGUGUUCUGCCAACAGCAGUACAGCUGGAAAAGUCCGGGGUCUGGAGGUUAAAAGCUUUGUUAAGUAGAACCAGUGGCCCAGCAGCCGGACAGCUUUCCUCCUCUGUGCUGAGCACAACAGCAGUGUGUGAGCUCGAAGCUCAGUGUAGUUGAGAGCCGAUGAGGCUGAGGAGCUGGUGUGCAUCCCUCAGCAUGCACACGUAAUGGUGAACGAAUGGCAGUCAGCUCCUCUUGGCACUGUGGCUGCUCUGCACGUAAGGAUCCGCAGAACAUCUCUCCAGAUCUCACCACGGUGAAAGCUUCAGCAAGACUUUUAUGCUGCCUUCAUCUUGGGGGAUUUCUCAUUUGUCAAAUAGUCCCAAAUAAAUGGAAGAGGAAGGUUU